AUGUUCAGAGCACUCGUCCGCUCCGCAUCAACCAUCUACCGCCAGGCCGCCAUUAAGGCAACACCAGCAACAGUCGCAAGGAUGCCCAUGGGCCUUACAUUCGCCCGCACAUAUGCCUCUGCUGGUCUUGUUCGUUCGGACGUCGAGAAGCGCGUUUUGGAUAUCUUGGCCGGAUUCAACAAGGUCGACAGCAACAAGAUCUCGCUCAGCGCAAACUUCAACAACGAUCUCGGACUGGACUCACUGGACACUGUCGAGGUCGUGAUGGCUAUCGAGGAAGAGUUCUCGAUCGAGAUCCCCGAUAAGGACGCUGACGAGAUCAAGUCUGCCGCCCAGGCUGUUGAGUAUAUCUCCAAGCGCGAUGACGCCCAUUAA